GGCGAAAGAUGGGUAGAGCACGCUGACCUCUGCCACAACACCCAUCAUGGAAGACUUCGGUGCGCUCGAGACCGGCAUCAAGUCCGCCCUCACAUCGACAACGCGCAGCGCAGUAUCGUUGGCGAACGAGGACAUUCCGUUUCAACGAUCACUCGACUCUGCUGUGGGACCGGCUCUGGACCAGCAAAAUGCACGCCUGCUAGGCCUCGCAGAGCGACUGAUCGGAGCUGCCACGUCGAAUACCGAGAUCACGCGACCGCCGAGGCUCAAGGACCUCGAAUCGGUGGAGGGUAAUUGGAGAGCUGUGGUCGAUGUGGUGGAUAGUCUGCUGGAGCGCGCAGAUACCGCGCUGGACGAGUUCACGGGCGCCGUGAAGAGGUUGAGUCCUGCAGCAGAAACACCAAAGAACGCGAAAUCGAGUCGCAAUGCACCGCAGCGCGACCAGCGCAUUGAGAAGCCACAGCUUCUAUUCGAGCAUGUGCCCACCAACAACGAUGAGGCGCCUUUCAAACCGCUUCUGGAGACCAAGCCCCAUGCGAAGGCGCCGCUGGAGAAAGAGCCGCGGAUAGCAGAGGGCGAGACUCAACCAACAUACCCUCACCCUUAUCAACACGAAAUCGAGAACUACGAAUACCCUGCGCGAAUAUAUCAGCAGAGUGAACCCAUCAUGUACCACCCAUUCGACGAGACGACAGCGACGUUCGUGGACACGGAAGAGGCGCUACAUGACAUGUUGGAAGAGUUGAAACAGGCAAAGGAAAUCGCAAUAGAUCUGGAACAUCAUGACAGCAGGUCGUAUAUCGGCAUAGUGUCGCUGAUGCAGAUCAGCACCAGAGACAAAGACUGGAUAGUGGACACACUCAAGCCUUGGAGACGGAAACUGCAGUGCCUGAACGAAGUCUUUGCGGAUCCGAACAUCAUCAAAGUCCUUCACGGCGCGUUCAUGGACAUCAUGUGGCUUCAACGAGAUCUGGGGCUCUACAUUGUUGGUCUUUUCGAUACACACCACGCUUCGCGAUGCCUGGGAUAUACAGGCGGUAGCUUGGCAUUCCUGUUAAAGAAGUUUGCCAACGUCGAUGCUCAAAAGCAAUACCAAACAGCUGACUGGCGAGUGCGACCCCUGCCGAAAGAGCUGUUUGAUUAUGCCCGCAGCGAUACACAUUUCCUACUGUACAUCUUCGAUAACAUGCGAAACGAGCUCAUUCAGAGGUCGAACUUCGAGCUGCCAGACCGCGAAGGUGAUAAGAUCUACGACGUCUUGCAGCGAAGCUCUGAGGAAGCAUUACAACGAUACGAAUACCCGAUCUACGAUGCGGAACUUGGUCAAGGCGUUGGUUGGUACAAGUUGCUUUCCAGGACACCGGCCCUACUUGGCAAGGAGCAGUUCUCGGUCUUCCGAGCUGUACACCAGUGGCGAGACCAGGUCGCACGAGAGCAAGACGACAGUACGCAUUACAUCAUGCCAAACCACCAGAUCUUCAGCAUUGCUCGCGGUAUGCCGACUAACAGACUGGCAUUGCUGGGAAUUGCGACGCCUGCCUCUCAAACGGUACGGUUACGCGCCGAUGAGCUUCUCAGUGUGGUCAUCAAAGCCAAGGAAGCUGGUAAAGAUGGGCCUGAGAUGAUGGAACUGCUGAACCAAGUCGAGCCACAGCGGCCGCGAAAGAUGCCGAGAGAAACUACAGCGUCGGCCUCACAGCCAGGAAUCGAGACUGCACCCAGUGCAUCUGCACUGAUCGUGUCUACAGACGUUCCGAUUCGAAGUACGGCUUCAUCAUUCUGGGGCGCGGCUUUCGAAAGCAGCGCGUGGGAUCACACACGAAGCGCGCCCACCGCAUCGGAGAUCUCAUUGGCUGUCCCAUUGCCCCCUCUGACGGCAGAGUCAUUCGCAGAUGCUUCAGAGAUUGAGCGACAGCAGCCGCAACGUGAGCCCACCCCGGAACCAGUACCUAGACAACAGGAGGAUGAUGUUUUCAUACUCAAAGACACGAGCAAGAAACGAAAACGUGCCACAGAACCCACAGAUGGAAUGGCUGCCAACUCCGAUGAGGUUGCUAUCGUGGAUGAGGCUUCAGUACGUGCGCAGCAGAAAGCGGAGAGGAAGGCAGCAAAGAGAGCUGCGAAGAUGGCGGCGAAGGCUGCUGGCGCUGAUGCAUCAGGCAAGGACGAAAUGCAAAACGGAGACGAUGAGGUUCCUUUCGACUAUGCCAGCGCACCAAGCAUACUGAAUGCACCAAGUGAGCGGAUGAGCGGAAAGGAUCGGAAGAAGUCUCAAAAGCAGGUGAACCCUUAUGCGAAGAGCAUGGAUGCUCCAAAGGGGCUACCUCGAAGUCAGAAGGAGAAAGCCGGAAGGAGUAUGACCUUCAAGAAGUGAUUUGGCAUCUUGCAUAGGUAUGUAGCAUUCAUUAGAGCGAUGAGCGCGGUUGGCACGCGCUAUCGACGCGUGGAGCGCGUUGCAAGUGAAGGAAGUUUGGUGCUGGCGGCCGCCUGCCUCACGUCGCAAAGAUGGCAGGAGCCGUUGCCUGCA